GUGUGGAAUAAAAUAACAUGUUAUUUCUUCCCCAUAAUCUUAGAAUAUGGACUAUAAUUGAUUUUUUCGGAUUGAAUAAAUAUGACUUCAAUGAAAUGUGUCAUACCAGGGGUCAAUCUCAGAGGUUAACAUGUGGUUCAAAUAUUUAAUUAAUAAAGUUUAUCUUAGUUGUCUAUUAGUUGUUCACUGAAAUUCAGUCUCACUGAGUGUUUACAAGGACUGUUCAGUUCAUCAGUUCUUGGCAACUUGCACUUGACUUUUAGUUUUAGUCUUGGGUCUUGGCAGCUGGCUUGAAAAAUAAAUAAAUUAUUUAUCUACUACAUCUAAGCCUACAAGUAGUAUUACUUUUUUAAGUUUAAGUAAAUAAAAUUAAUAUUAAUGUUUAAAAACGUAAUUAGUAAACUUAUAAUUUUAAGAACUAGGACUAGGGACUUUUUAUAAAUUAUUAAAAUGAAAAGCCUAGUAGUCUUAAUCUUAAUACCCUGCUGCCUAGUGAGUGAGAAUUAAGUUUCAAGUCAAUAAAGUUGAUUUGAAUGUCACCCUUGUGUAAGUCAAAGUGUUCGGCUGUUGGGCAGUAAAUAUUAGACUAUUAAUAAUAAGUCAAGGCGGCUGUUUCAGAUUGAGCGGCCCACGACGACUUUGUUUUGGAUUCACUCCCCUUAUUUUUUCUUAUUUUUUGUUAAAAGGGUACAUUUUAGGAAUUAAAAUUUUAUUGGUUGAUUAAUUAUAAUUUCUAAAUUUAUAUUAGUUGACAGUUAGACAUGAAUAUCAUGAGUCAAGUCAGUAGUGAUUAGUGGAAAACGCCACAAGACUAAUAACAUAAGUAUAAGAUCAUCUUGAAUAAGACUUGAAUUGGUACUUUCCCAAUUUAGCCUAUAGACUAUAGGGCACUCCUUAGAACGGCGGUCCUAAAUUAAAAACACAAUAUUAUUCGAGAUCUUCAUCAGGCUCUUCAUCAUCAUCUGUCCUCUCCUGGAAAAAACUAAGAAAAAAGAAAAAGAAAAGAAAAAUGUAAGAGAAACAAAAGUUAUCUCUGUUGAAUUGCUGUUUUAUAUUUUAUAUUAGACGGUGUUCAGCAAGCCACACUAACUAAAGCAUACAGUAGUGCCUUCUGCAUUGUGUCAUAAGUUUGUAGAAUGUUUCCUGACAAAACAUUAUUUGAAAUAUGAACCGGUGCUUGAGAUCUGCCGGCCAUGGUUUUAUUUUAUAUUAUUACAAGCACUAAUUAGUCUGCAAACAAAAUUUGAAAUAAAUAAUUACGUCACAAAAUAUCAGCGGCUAUUAGCCGGACACUUUCUAACGAAAAGUAUUCUCUUUUUAAUUUGGGACCGCCGUUCUGAGGAGUGCCAACUAUAGUAUAGGCAUAGGACACUUGACUGUUAGAUGCAGUCUGUAGUCACUGUAAAGUCAAGUGAGUAUUAGUUUUGACAAUUUUUUGAGUCAGCAGUUUACUGAGUUACUGAGUAGACUAAGUCUAAAUCUAAGACAUUAUUAUCUAGGUCUAAUUCUAUGUAAAGUGUCAGUAGUCUACUGAGCCUAUGGUCAGUAUAGGAGUCUAAAAAGUCCUAAUUUUUACUAUGAAUAAUAAUUCAGAACUACUAGGCAAGUAAGUUUUUAAAAUUUAAACAUAGACAUGGGUUCGUAAGAACGUCUUCCUCCAUUAUUCUCAACCUGGUCGAGUCUGUGACAGUGGAUGCUUUAAAAAUAGGUUUAAGGGAAAUUUUAAAAAAAAGUAUUAGAAGCUAAUUAUAACAAUGGUUAUUGAUAAUAAACACAAAGGACCAAUGCAUUGUUGACAGAAACUGUCUACUUAUGUUUCUUUUGCAAAAGUUUUCAGUUCUUUAUGAGCUAUCUCUAAAACUAAAAGUCUUUAGUUGCCAUGAGUUGCAGUCUGCACAAAUAAUGCAGAGGCAAUGAUUGGAAGAGAAACUAAAACCCUGAACAUGACAAUGUUGACAUAAAUCCCUGUUUGAUCAGCCUGUGAAAGUUAUUAGUUUCAUCAAUGCAGGCACUUCCUUUCGUUGUGUGCAUCUUUGAAAAAUUACAUUAUUAAUCUAGAACACAAUCUUCUUAUUUACACAUUUGGAAGAUCCGUGGGUCUCCAGAGGAAAUUUUUGCCAUAUAUUAUAAAUUGGGGAGAUCAUCUGCAAGGAAUAAAAACAAAAAUUUGACUGAUAACUUCUUGGCCACUGUGCCUGCUUACUUGGCCAACUAUUGAAAAAAAAGUAAAUUGGUCUAUGCACAGGAAACAAACACAUUUAAUUAAGUCCCAAUGACAAAAUAGCAGCUUUCAUGAGGGCAUCUGAAUAAUAUGGCCUAGCAAAACAACUUUGAAAUAUUUUAAGAUGUUAACAAAUUGAUGAACCAUAUUUUUUAGCUCUGAAUAUUAUCAAUAGGUUAUUAUUAAUUAUUAAUGACAAAGAUCUACCAAUAAUGGCAUUAAACAAGUCAUGAAAUUAACCAUUAACAAAAAAAACUGUAGAUGUUGCACACAAAAAAGUCAAGUUAAAUGACAUUUUGGGUUAGAUUACAUGUGUCACAUGAAGGACUUACUUUGCAAGUGGUCUAUGAGUCCAAAAAGGUUGAGAACCACUGAGGUCCCUGAAACUCCAUGUCUAUUCUAAAAAAAAAAAUUAAAUAAUUUUGAUGAAGCUACAAAGUUACACUCUAACAGAUUAGUGUAGAUACAUUCAUCUUCAUGUUUUGUUCAUACAAUAAUUUUAUUUCAGUUUUUGGGAGGGCCAUACAGUCACUUUCAAAAAUUGGAGAUGAGUUGUAUUUUGAGCCUUUGGAAGAUGGUGUGAGUUGCACAAGUUUUUUCUUUACUGUUAAUAAAUAGUUAAUUAUUAAUGCCUAUCAUGUUAACUUAAUAGCAUACUACACAAUUUUGCCUUUCGUUAACUUUGUUUUCAUAAACUAAUUAAUUAUGUUCACAUUAACAGCUCUAUCUGAGAUCUGUCAAUUCGUGCAGAUCAGCAUAUGCCUGCUUCCAGUUCUCCCCCAGUUUUUUUCUGAAUUAUAUCAAUGGAUCUGUAGGAGGUGGUGAAGAUUUAGAUGAAGAGCCUCUGCGCUGCAAGGUUGGGAUGAAGGUGAGGACAGCACAAAGUUCUUCUUCUUACCUAAUUUUAAUCAUGGCUAAAUGGAGUUCAUGACACAUAACUUAGGCUUUUGUUUGUCAAGAUUUCAUUUUGGUCACUUAAAAAAACCUCUAUGUUCUCUGUAAUUUUAAACUUAUAUGUGAAAAUAAAAGCAUGCUGCUAAUAAAACAUUUCAGUUUAAAUGAUAAGAAAAUUGAAAACUUUAGACAAAUGAUUCAUAAGCUCAUUUCUUCUCCCCCCCUCCACCCAAGUCUAUAAUGACUGUCUUCAGAUCCCUGGCCACCAUAGACAAAAUGGUGGAGAAAUGUUGCAUAUCACUCAACAUGUCUGAAGCAAGAUUGGUAUUUCAAAUGUACUGCAGGCAUGGUAAGUGAUCUUUCAAGAUUGCCCUUGUGCCAAAUUACUUUGAUUUAAAAUAAGAAUUCAUUUUCCAUGGUGACACAUAUAAAGUGAGCUAUUAACACACUAAUCUUUUUUGUGCUUUACAAAAAAAAUGGAGCAUUAAAUGAAUACAUAUUGCAAAAACUUUGAUCUCAUCUUUGAAUCUUGCAAUAUAUAUCUGAUACCAUUAUCACUAACACAGAAGAUUGUAAAUUUACAAUUAGGCAUUGUCAAGACCCACAACCUUGCUUUCAUUGAGUGUGAGACACUUCAGGCUGUUUUCUCAAAAGACAUGUGCCCUAACAAGUUUACGUCUCCUCCAAAGUAAAGCCUUGAUUUUUCUUUUUUAGGUUGUUAUUUAAAAUGAUAAUAACAUGGUCUGAAUUUCUUACUGAUAAUUCCAAUAUGAGAAAUAGGCAUCUCAUUAUUUUAAAACUUUUAGCUGCAAUAUUAAGGUAGACUUAACUUCAGACAAGAAAACAAUGAAUUGUCAAGUCAACCCUUUCUUUGGUUUGAUUUUUUCCCUCUGAGUAUAAUGGGUUCAUACUUUUAUUUGUGUUAUUAAAAACUUUUUUCCUUUUUUUUAACUUACAGACUCCUUUGCGAUGCUGUGCUCAACUUUCAGAACACACAAGAAGAAAUAACUUUAAUUGUUAGGCCAGAUUUUGUAGCUUUGAAAAAUUAUGUGGAGGAUGAACCAGGUAAGAACGUUCCCCUACCCUAUCUGGAAAGAUAUUUCUUUUUAGUUUGUGUUUGUAUCACACUUUCAUCAUAUCUUUAUUUAAGUUUCCAUCAUAAUUUAAAGAACAAAGAAUUACAAGCAUCAAAGAUGGCCUACAUUUAUAAAACAAAAAUAAUAAUGCUUACUCAAAGUAGGUUUUUAAUAAUUCAAUUUUAAGAAUUUUAAGUUAAAAAUUAAAGUACUUAAAAUUAAAAAUUCUCCGGGGAUGUGCAUCUGAAAUAUUAAACAUAUGCAAGUAAACUGCUACAACAUCAGCAGAUAAAAAACGUUGAAUAUGUUUUAGUUGAAUGGAGAGAUAAAGUAAUUACAAUAUAUUUUCAUACCCAUGCCUGAAACAGAUCCCAAAAAAGUAAUGCACACAGAAUUCACCCUUUCACCCAAUGAAUUUGAGAACUAUCAGAUUGGAGUGGAUACGGAUGUAACCUUCUGCCUAAAAGAGUUGAGGGUAAGUUUCAUCCAGUUCUAGGGCUGUUCAUUUAAUCAGUUAAAGUACACCUUCUAUGAAGACUGUGCAUUUAUCAAGUUGUUGUGUUUGUUUUGAUGGAGGCUAAUAUGAUGUUUGUUUCCAUGGAGGGCAAUAUGCUCUUCAUUUAUUUAAAAAAAAAAAUUUCCUGAUGGUAUUAUUUGUAAGUAUUAUUUAAGAGAAUUCAUGGGUAAGUAAAAGAAAUACAAAGUCACUAAAGUUUAGGCUAGGUAUCAGGAUUCUGUCAAAGUUCUCUUGAUUUUGUUUGUAAAUUAUCAUCUUUCUACUUAUAGCAAAUGUUCAAAAUGAAACUGUUGACUUCUUGUUGGAUAUGGUAAAAAUUGUAGAAAAAAAAGUAGAACUGAUCAAACUUCAAACUUUGUAUUGCAAGUCAUCUUUAAAAAAAGAUUGUUUAAAUUUUAUAUAAUGAACUGCUUCUACACGCAGGCAAUCUUGGCUUUUGCAGACAUAACUGGACUGCCAAUCACACUGCAGUUUGAAGGAGCUGGAAAGUAUUGAAAUCCUUAAGAAAAUCGAUCACUAGUAAAGCAUGAACAGUCACAACUGGAACACAUUUUGAGCAUUUCAAGUAUUUAAAUCUUGAAAUGAGAAAAUGUUAAAAGAAAUUGUUAUUUUGCCUUUAUACAUUAUAUAAAAGUUAAUAAAAUCUGAACUGCAAUAUUUUAUACUGCAGUUAUAGUACUUAUUAUGUCAUUGAACUCACAAAAAUAAAUCAUAAGGAAUGAAAAAAACAGAUUGUCUGCUCGAGUCUAUGGCUAAUCAUGCUUUUCUAAUUGUUAUGAAAAGAUAUGCAUGUGUGGUAUGUUAACUGAGAAUUUGUUAUAAAAAAAGAUGUACAUGUGUUUGUCAUACAUCAACUGAGUAUUUGUUAGGAAAAGAUAUUCAUGUGUUUGUGGUAUGUGAACUUAGUAACUGUUGACUUACAUUUGGAUAUUCAGAAAAUUAAACACAUGUGAUUUCUUUAGUUGUGCCGCAAAGUUAUAGUAUUUAAUGGCUAAGAAUUGCUAUGACAUAUUUUCAAAGCUUUACCUUAUAAUAUGAAGCCCAAAUAUUUAUAAGUGAGUAAUAAGUUCCACAAACAACAUCUAAACUACUUAUAUUAAACAUAAAAUGUUUUUAAAAAAGUUUUUACUCGAUAAAAAUAUCAAAAGUUAACAUUAACAAAAGUACAAAAAGUUUAGUGGACGCCUGUGACCUUCUAAAAAUUAUUUCCAGGCCAAUCACACUCUCCAUCAAUAGUGACCUUUCCUUUGAAGCCAAUUUUGUUCUGGCCACACUGGCAGAUGAUGAACCUUCUCAGAUGCAACAUUAUACUCAAACAAAGUCUAACUACCCAUCCCAGUAAGUUAACCUUUGCUGUUGUUUUCUUGAAUGGAGAAAAAUUUUAAAUAUUUUAAACUUUUGUGUUUGGCGUACAACAAUUCAAUUACAGCAUGUGAUAUAACUUUUCCUGAAUAAUUUAGUUCUUUUAAGUUUGAACUGAAGCUGAAAGAUUUAAAACAAAGGGAGAUUGAUGUAUUAUUUAUCUUUUAGUGUAACUAAAGAGAGAGAAAAAUAUUUACCUGAAUGAUAUUUUAAAGAUAUUCGACUUCUUAAGUAUGCCACAGAGACAGAGCAAUUUUUAAAAAUUGUUAUUGUAAAUAUUCUUAUGUCUGGGGUUUCAUAAGAUUUAUAUAUUUUUUUUUUUAAAGCAGCACCACUAGAAAGCAAAGCAAAGUAGAUGGUAGAAACUCGGUAACAAACAGGUAGGGCUUAAUCAUUGAUUUGUCUUGGUGUUUGUGUGUGUGUGUGUGUGGGGCUUUUUCAGCAUUGACACUAUGAAUGGUGAAAAAAGUGCAGCUCUAACAUUUAACAUGGUUUCUUACAUUUAAAAUAUAUUUCAGCCUUAGUUAUUGUUUUUCCAUGUACAAAAAUUGAUUCUAAGUAAACCUCUAAUAAAGGACACAAAACCUACGUGUAAUAAACUAAUGUAAAGCCUUAUUGGAGACAAAACAAAGAAUAAAGGGGAAACUAAGUGAAACUAAAAUUUAACAAAUGCAUUAUAGUCACUAGUUAAUGAGAGAAUAAUUAAAAUUUUUGAGAUAUUCAUUUAAGUAUAUGCACAUUUUAAAAUAUUUUGCUACAGCGUCACAUUAUUGCAAUCUUCCUCGCAACAGCUCUCCCCCUCAAAUGUCUGUCUCUUGUUCCUCAGUAAUCAGUUUGCAUAUUACUGAUAGUGGUUCAAUUUUAUUGGUCAAGUUAAAAUUUACUUUUUUUCAGAAAUACAUCAAACGCCAGUAGGUCUAUUAAUAAAGUUCCUAAGCAAUCAGUACAACCAGAGACGUCAAACGACAUGAAUGACAGCGAUGAUGAUGAUUUAACCAUGGCCAUGAUGGAUGUCACAGCCCCUGAUGAAUCAGUGUCACAUAAUAAUGGCGGACAUCAGUCAUCACAACAUAUUUCUGUGAACAGCAAGAUUCCAGACCACAGAGUCCUUAGUAAUAAAAAUGUUUCCAUGGAAACCAAUGUAGCAAGUGGUGAGAAUGAUGAUGAUGAAGAAUGGGGUAGAGGAAAUGAAGGUGAUAGAAAUAUUCACAAUUAUCCAGCGUUGUCAUUAAAGAAUAAAGCGCCAGAUCGUGGUAAAGAGAGACUCUUAGGGGAUUUGCAUUGUGCACCUAUCGGAAAUAAUCUGAAGGGUGGUGGCCAAAAUCUGUCUCGAAUUGAAAGCACACAAGGAGAGACAAAUGAGAUGCCACAUUCAACAAUGAACAAAUCUAACAAUUUGCAUGAGCCAACCUUAGCAGGAAAAAAAAAGUUGUCUUUAAAGUCUGCAAGUAGUUCUAACAGUGAUGUGAGUCCAGUUAUUUCAUUACAAGAUCAAAAUUUGGUAAGUUAAUACUUUCUCCAUAGUACAUGUUUAAAGUGUAAGCCGAUCUAUUUAAUUUUAACAAAACAAUACUUUUUUUAUUGUGCAAAACUUUUUCAUUUCCUAUAUUUUUGUUGCAAGAAUUUUUUGAAAACAUUUUAUGGUGCUGACUUAAGGUUCUUCUUAUCACUCAUUUUAUUUCAAAGUUUUUCUUUAGAAUUAUAUUUAUUACAAAAUGGGAGUCAUGUCAUCCCCCAUAAAUUUAAAAAAAAAAAUUUGGGUAAAAAAAUGUUUUUUAAAUUUAAUAUUGAAGUAAAUUAAGUAUCUACUCAUAUUGCCAAGCCACCCGAUCUGUAACUAUUUCUUCUUCUGUAGCCUAACAACCAAUCUCUGUUGGAGGAACUAGAGGAAGACGAAGAUGAUAUUCCACCGACACCUCCCAGCAAAAAGGUAACCGGGAUUCAAAAUUUAUUUUCACAACUUCAAAAGCCCCUUUUCUAAUAGUUCAAUUUUGUGUGUAUCAGUUAGAUUUUUAGGUAUUGAUAUCUAUAUUUCAUAAUAGUGUAUAUAACAGUGCAAUAGGUGAUUGUAGUACUUGUAAACAAUUUAGAUUAUAAUUUUUUAGGCAUGUUUCAAAACAAUCCAACCUAAUCCUUCAUUCUUAGCAAUUAGGAUUUCUUGGUGUAUGAAUAAUAGAAUUGACCUUAAAAUAUGUUCUUGCAUAAAGCAAAAAUUCUGUUGUAUACAAUUUCUUGUAUCUUAAGCAAAAAGUUUAUGAAAGUCUAGCUUAACAUUUUUAUUUAUCCCAAGCAUCAUUUUAUAAUUAUCCAAUUUAUGUUUUGAUUCCAGUUUCGUUCUGUAUUUUUUGGCACCCAAUCAAGCACACAACCCUCCCAGUCACAACCGAAAUUUGCAUUGCUGGCGCCAGAUUCAGAUGAAGACAGCUAGUUUAUUUAUUUGUAAUGUGUUUAUAUUAUGCCUGUAAAUGUUAAGUUCUUGUAAUUUACUUACAGUUGCCAGGAUAUGAUUUUGCUAAAAUAUUUGGAGUCAUUGGAGUCACUUUUAAAAUAAUGUAAAAGUUAUUUGCUAUUUAAACAAAAAUUCAUCAUGAGCUUGUGACGAAGAGUCAGAAAUAAUGCUAAAUCCUGUCAGAUGUGUUUUAAUUUGUAUUGGGUAAUUAAUUUCUGAUGAGACUAUUGUAUUUUGUUAAUAAAUUAUAUUUAUGAAAGACUGUACUCAAUAUUUUUAUUUUU